CCCGCUGGUCAUUCAGACAGAGGCUUUUCGCUGGACGAGACAUAUCGAGUGUCACUGCGGCGCGGCCGGCUCUCUGAUCGCGAAACCAAAACCGAGGAGGAGCGGCGAGAUCGUCUUCGGGGCGGCGGAGAUGACGGUCGGCCAUCUCGCCAACGACGCCGUCCUCGGAGGCCACGACGGCACGUGGGAGACAAUAUUGAAAUAUUCUUCUGAAGCCGCAGUUGACACCUAUGAAGAAAUAGCUAUUAUCAUACCAAGAGGACGACGUACUGUUGAGCUUCAUCUUUCAUUUCUGCGACUCCAUGGACAAGCUGAUGAUAUUAAAAUCCAAUAUAGCAGCAUCAUUCGCCUUUUUGUUUUACCAAAGCCAAACAGUCCCCAUACCUUUGCGGUUGUCACUCUUGAUCCGCCAAUCCGUAAAGGCAGAACAUUGUACCCUCACAUUGUCAUUCAGUUUAUGACAGAGGUAAUAGUCGAAACAGAUUUGAAUUUAAGCAGAGAUCUUCUGGCCGGAAAAUACAAAGAUAAGUUGGAGGAAUCUUAUAUGGGUCCAAUACAUGAGGUAUUCACCAAAGUCCUUUGUGGCCUAUCUGGUGCCAAAGUCACAAGGCCGGGUUCUUACAGAACUUGCCAAGAGCCCCCUAUGCUCAUCCUUUAUGAAGAGGUUGAGUUUGUUGGGUUUGGAAGUUACCGCCGUGAGGGCGCCGGUAAAUCAGAUUGCUAUUUGGACCUCCUUGUCAAGCGAAAAAAUGGCCAAGAGCAUAUCUUCAGAAAUAUUCAAAGGAAUGAAUACUUUAACCUUUUCAACUUCAUCAAUGGAAAGCAGUUGAAAACAAUGAACCUUGGGGACGAGCAAAGUGAUGAGGAUGAAGAUUUUGGUUCCUUUAUGGGUGGCGGAGGAUCUUCUACUGAUGAUGAUUCUAGCGGGGACGAAUCAGAAUCUAGUGAAAGUGGGGGUGAAAAGGAGUGGCGGCGGAGGUUCGAAGAAAAGGAAGUGGAAGAAGAAACACGCGACGUACCGUUGGCACAGGAUGAGCUGGCGAGGGUUCCGUGUCCGAUGACGAGUCACACUAGGCUCUUGUCCUCUGGGCACGAUGGAGCGAAAGAAACCAAGAGCAGAUGAGAGGGGGGGAUUCAGUAUCAUGCUCGAAACUAAACAGUAGGCGGAACAAUUACAACAAAGCACCUUUCAGAUUUUAUUUACUUUCACAAUGAAACAUAAGAUUGUUAGUUGUCAUAUAAGUAUGGUAUAUCUGAGUGAGAUUGGAUUAUGGCAUAUGCCAUUCCCAUUUCAGCUAUGGAACAGAACAUCAUUAUUAUUGUACAACAGCACUACAGGAAAGGAGUUUCGUGAAAUCAAAGUAUUGGCCAUA